AAUAAGUAAAUAUUGGUCUGUUUCCCCCCAUUGUGCCACACACGUGAACAAAUGCAGGUUGUACUGAUGAAGAUUCCUCUCCACCGAGCUGCAGCAGCCGUCACCGAACUCCGUUAAAGUUCGUUAAUGUAACGCCCACAACUGCCAAUUUAAUUUGACCGAGCUUCCGUCAUAUUGUCCACGGUGCUGUCACUUAUCCGCAGCCGUUCAGAGACUGCUUUUAUCGGUUGUUAUCGGGUAUCACCGUCCACCUAACUCGCCACGGCUGACAUAGGCUAGCUAUAGUUAGCGUCAGUUUGUAUAGAAGUGAAUGUGUUAGCACGGUUAGCACUUUAGCAACGCGGUGUCAACUUUUAGAGGAGUGGCCCCAGUGAAGCGAACGUUAAUUAUGGACACUUCUGAGACUGUUUACAGUCCUAUGUGUCCGACUGAGCUGCGUCAUGUUUGUCCCCAACAUUGUGAAAAUACCAAAGGCAGGUUUAAAGGAGUUGACUGCGUGUUGCAUCAGGUUGACAGGGCUGUUCACCCUCCAUCCCACAAUAAUGCUGACCAAGAGGUUUAAGGUGCUAAUACUAAACUCACUGCCAACAUAGAAUAUCUGAUCAGUCAGUCCAUGAUAAAGCAAUCACACAGAUGAGAGAAACCUGCCUGACGGCAGCCAAGUUGACUGAACACACCCUGGAGCAGAGCUAACCCACACAUGGCCUGCCAGUCUGUCACUGCAGUCAUGGACGAGCAGGCCCUGCUGGGGCUCAACCCAAAUGCCGAUGCCCGUUACAGGCAGAGGGCGGUGGCGUACUUUGAGCAGCUAAAGGAGUCUCAGGAUGCUUGGGAGGUUUGUGCCGAGGCCCUGGCCAAAGGGAUUUACAAUGACGACCACGUGAAGUUCUUCUGCUUCCAGGUGCUGGAACAUCAGAUCAAGUUCAGGCAUGCUGGUCUGAGUGCAGCUCAGCAGCAGCUGAUCAGAGAGACGCUGAUGAAGUGGCUUCAGUGUCAGCUGAUGAAUGUCCAGCCGGAGAAGCCCUUCAUCAAGAACAAAGCAGCUCAAGUGUUUGCACUCACCUUCGUCAUGGAGUACCUGACUCUUUGGCCCAAGUUCUUCUUCGACAUCCUGUCUCUGGUUGGUCUCAACCCACACGGCAUUGACAUUUACCUCAGGACACUGAUGGCCAUCGACGGCGAGGUGGUGGACAGAGACAUCAUGCAUUCACCUGAGGAGACUCGAAGGAACACCCUGAUCAAAGACUCCAUGAGGGAGCAGUGCAUCCCCAGCCUGGUGGAGUCCUGGUUCCAGAUCCUGCAGACGUAUCAGCAGUCCCACCCGGAACUCACCUGUCAGUGUUUGGAGGUGGUCGGAGCCUACGUGUCCUGGAUCGACCUCAACCUUAUUGCCAAUGAUCGGUUUGUGAAUCUUCUGCUCAGCCAAAUGUCCGUGGACUCGCUCAGAGAGGAGGCCUGUGACUGCCUGUAUGAAAUCGUUAACAAAGGCAUGGACCCGGUGGAUAAAACCAAACUGGUGGAGUCUCUGUGUCAGGUGCUGCAGUCGGCAGGUUUCUUCAGCGUGGAGCAGGAGGACGACGUAGACUUCCUGGCCAAGUUUUCCCGCCUGGUGAACGGCAUGGGCCAGAGUCUGGUGCUGAGCUGGACCAAACUCGCAAAAACUGGAAACGUGAAGGACGCUGCCGACGCACUUCAGGCGGUGGAGUCCAAAGUGCCGCUGCUGCUGAAACUGUUGGUGCAUGAAGACGACGACAUCUCGGCCAACAUCGUGUGCUUCUGCUACGAAUACCUGCACGUUCUCAAACAGCUCCCUCAGCUGACGGAACAACAGAAAACCAACAUUGAGGCCAUCAUGCUUGCUGUCAUGAAGAAGCUGACGUACGAUGACGAGUACAAUUUUGAUAACGAGGGUGAAGACGAGGCCAUGUUUGUGGAGUACAGGAAGCAACUGAAGAUGUUGUUGGACCGUUUGGCUCAGGUUUCACCAGAGCUGCUGCUGGAGGCCGUGCGCCGCGUCUUUACCACCACCAUGCAAACCUGGCAGACGUCUCCGUUCAUGGAGGUAGAAGUUGCCAUCAGGCUUCUGUACAUGCUGGGCGAGGCACUGCCUGCAUCCCAUGGCGCUCACUUCUCUGGAGACACAGCGAAGACGAGUGCCCUGCAGGACAUGAUGAGGAUGCUGGUCUCCUGUGGCGUCAGCAGCUACCAGCACAGCUCCGUGUCUCUGGAGUUCUUUGAAACCGUUGUUCGAUAUGAUAAAUUCUUCAUAGUUGAGCCUCAGCACAUUCCUAACGUUCUGAUGGCCUUUCUGGACCAGAGAGGACUGAGACACAACAGCCCAAAGGUCCGCAGCAGAGUGGCCUAUCUCUUCUCCAGGUUCAUCAAAACUCUGCACAAACACAUGAACGCCUUCAUUGAAGACAUCCUGACCCGGAUCCAGGACCUGCUGGAGUUGGCUCCUCCCGAAAACGGUUUCCCCACGCUGCUGACCAGCGACGACCAGCUGUUCAUGUUUGAGACAGCAGGUGUCCUCAUUGUGAGCGGAGACAUUGCAGCGGAGAGGAAGCAGGCAUUGAUGAGGAGCCUGCUAGCACCGCUGAUGGACGCCUUCCGUCUGCUGCUCACCAAACUGCUGCACGAAACGGACGAGGAGAGGCAGGUGGUGUUGGCGGACUGCCUCAGUCAUGCUGUCGGGUUCGCCAGUCGGACCAGCAAAGCCUUUAGCAACAAGCAGACGGUGAAACAGUGUGGCUGCACCGAGGUCUACAGGGACUGUCUGCAGACCUUCCUGCCCGCACUGAGCUGUCCAGUCCAGCGGGGGCUGCUGCGGAGCUCGGUGCGCUCCUUCCUGCACCGUAUGAUCAUCUGUCUGGAGGAGGAGGUGCUGCCCUUCGUCCCCGCGGCCUCGGAGCACAUGCUGAAGGACUGUGAGGCCAAAGACCUGCAGGAAUUCAUCCCUCUGAUCAGCCAAAUCACCGCCAAGUUCAAGCAGCAGGUGUCGCCUUUCCUGCAGCAAGUCUUCAUGCCUCUCGUUCUGGCCAUCUUUGAGGUUCUCGCACGGCCAGCCGAGGACAACGACCAGGCAGCAGCUCUGGAGAAGCAGAUGUUGAGGAGGAGCUACUUCAGCUUCAUCCAAGUCAUCACAGGCAGUGGGAUGAAUGAGGUGAUGGCCAAUCAGGGGGCAGAAAACAUCGAGAGGGUUGUCUUCACCAUCAUCCAAGGAGCCGUGGAUUUUCCUGAUCCAAUCGCUCAGAAAACCUGCUUCAUCAUCCUGUCCAAACUGGUGGAGCUCUGGGGAGGUAAAGAUGGCAUGGUGGGCUUCCCUGACUUCAUCUACAAACACAUCGUCCCCGCAUGUUUCCUGGCUCCUAUGAAGCCGACCUUUGAUCUCUCUGAUGCUCAGACAGUCCUGACUCUCUCAGAAUGUGCCGUAACUCUAAAGAUGAUUCAUCUCAAGCGGGGUCCAGAAUUUAUUCAAUUUUUACAGCAGGAGUAUCUGCCCUCCCUCCAGAUGUCACCAGACAUCUCACAGGAAUUGUGUCAGGUGCUUCAGCAGCCCGAUCUCAAAGUCCUGAAGAACUACAUUAAGGCCUUUUUUCAGCAAGCCAAACUGUAGGACAUACACGUGGGACAUAAGUGACUCUUGAACAGGAAGUGCUGGGUUUGUCUACCUUACUACAAACAUAAGAAAGGAACUCGGCGUAGGAACUGCUUUGCACUUACACCAUGUAAACGCUCAAUCAAAGCCCGGUUCUGUCUAAGUCGUACGAUGGGGAAAGUGAACUGAAGGUCAGUGGACGGAUCAGCACCCUCUAGCUGCAGAUAGACGAGCUCUCCAAGAGGACAGGAGCUAUGUUGGGACUCUGGUGGUUCUGGACACGUGGAGAACUUUGUAGAAUCAAGAAGAAAGUUUUUUUUUUU